AUGGUCGUCCUACUGCCUCUCCUCUUCCUCUGCCUUUCUUGGCUUGCCAACGCCCUCACCUACCAUGGCGCAGACAUUUCUUCCCUCGCGGUCGUUGAAUCUGCUGGGGUCAGGUACAGAGAUGGGGGCUCCGUCACCCCUUUCGAAACUAUCCUCCACAACCACGGUAUGAACGCUGCACGCGUCCGCAUCUGGACAGCCGGCCAGUACAACCUCAACUACGGUCUCGCUCUUGGCAAGCGCGUCAAAGCGGCGGGCAUGACGUUGAUCGUCGACCUUCAUUUCAGUGAUACAUGGGCUGAUCCGGCACACCAGGCUAUUCCCUCCGGAUGGCCCACGGACCUCAGCGGUCUGAACACCCAGAUCUACCUCUACACUCAACAGGUCGGCACGCCCAUUGACAUCCUGCAAGUCGGAAACGAGAUCAACGACGGUAUGCUCUGGCCUACCGGCCGCAUCUCCGUGGGCGGCUACCACCCUCUCUCCGAGCUGCUCAACUCGGCCGUCAACGGCGCCAAGUCCGUCGGGUCCCCCAAGAUCCUCAUCCACCUCGCGAACGGCUGGAACUGGAGCGGCCUCUCUUCGUUCUUCUCCAACGUGUACAUUCCCGGGGCGCUCGACGCGAGCAAGGUCGACAUCAUCGGAGUUUCGUUCUACCCCUUCUACGACGCCGGCGCGAAGCUUUCGGCACUCAAGUCAUCUCUCACUAAUGCGGCAAACACCUUUGCGAAGCCGAUUGUUGUCGCGGAGACGGACUGGCCCGUGAGCUGCUCAGGAACGUCGCUCACGGAACCCAGUAUCGCGGUGUCGACGAGCGGGCAGAUGACAUGGGUGAAUGAUAUCAAGAAUGUUCUGGCGGGUCUGCCCGGUGGAAGAGGCCAGGGCAUUUUCUACUGGGAACCCGGAUGGAUUGGCAACGCCAACUUGGGCUCCGGCUGCGCGGACAACCUCCUCGUGGACUCCUCCGGGGCGACACGUUCUUCGAUCAACAUGUUCAGUCAGGACAUGUAG